UCUCCCAACCAAAGCCAGCGGCUCACACUGUCUCUGCCCAAGGGAUCGUUAACCCCUGCAAUCCUGGCGUACCUUCCAGCGCUUUGAAGCAGGCAAAACCCCUCCCGAACAGGAGGAGGAGGAGGAACGGGACAGCAGGCUCGGCGUUAAUCAAGAGAGUGAAGUGGACAGAGCCUCUUCGCCACUACUGCCCCGGCGGCUCGAUGCCUCCGCUUCAGGCUCCUUCCCCGGGCGCCUGAUGCGAUGCCCCGCAAACACAGCGAUGCGAGUGGGCUGUGGAGGGAGAACAGCCCCGGUGCCAGAGGGAAGAGUGCAGGCGGGGACGGGUUCCGGCUGCAGGAGGUGGCAGCGAGCGACGUGGAGACCGGCCUGAACCCGGGCUCCGAGCGGUGCGGCGGCCGUGACGGGACGCUGCCGCUGACCAGCGAGGGGAAAGGACCGAAUGUGUUGAUCAAAGCCCUGGAGAGGCGCCGGAGUAACGCGCGCUACCGCAAGGUCCAGAAUCUGCUCUACAACGUCCUGGAGAGACCCCGGGGCUGGGCGUUCACCUACCACGGGUUCGUGUUCCUGCUGGUCUUUGGCUGUUUGGUUCUGUCUGUGCUCUCUACAAUCCCGGAACACGCCAUUCUCGCUUCACACUGUCUCUUCAUCCUGGAAUUUGUGAUGAUCGUGGUGUUCGGACUGGAGUUCAUCAUGCGGAUAUGGGCGGCGGGCUGUUGCUGUCGGUAUCGUGGGUGGAUGGGCCGUGUUCGCUUUGUGCGGAAGCCUUUCUGCAUCAUUGAUAUCAUCGUACUGAUCGCCUCCAUCGCAGUCAUUGCCGCCGGCACUCAGCAGAACAUUUUCGCCACAUCUGCCCUCCGUAGUCUUCGCUUCCUGCAGAUUCUCCGCAUGGUGCGCAUGGACCGCCGAGGGGGCACUUGGAAGCUGCUGGGCUCCGUGGUCUAUGCACACAGUAAGGAACUGAUCACGGCGUGGUACAUCGGAUUCCUGGUGCUCAUUUUCUCCUCGUUCCUUGUCUACCUGGUGGAGAAGGAUUCCAAUGUGCAGUUCGCCACAUACGCAGACGCUCUGUGGUGGGGCACAAUCACACUGACAACCAUCGGCUAUGGGGACAAGACUCCCACCACCUGGCUGGGGAGGCUGCUGUCGGCUGGAUUUGCCCUCCUUGGGAUCUCCUUCUUCGCACUUCCUGCGGGGAUCCUCGGCUCAGGGUUUGCCUUAAAGGUUCAGGAACAGCAUCGGCAGAAACAUUUUGAGAAGAGGAGGCAUCCAGCAGCAAGCCUCAUUCAGGCUGCUUGGCGGUUUUACUCCACGGAUGGGAGUCGCACCUACCUGCGUGCUACCUGGCGAUUCUACGAGAGCAUCCUGUCACCGAUCAGCUACAAAUUAAGUUUUAAGGAUCGGGUACGAAUGGCCAGCCCCAGGGGUCAGGGAGUGAAGGGCAGACAAGCCUCGCUCGGCGCCGACCGCCCAUCACCUAGCAACGAACCCACCGCGGAGACCAGCCCCAGCAAGAUGCAGAAGAGCUGGAGCUUCAAUGACCGGACUCGACUGCGACCUUCACUUCGAUGUAAGACCAGUCAGGCACGGGGCACCUCAUCCGAUGCUAUCAUGUCUCCAGAUGAAGGCUUUGAUGAGAGGGCAGUUCACCCAGAGCUCUUUGUUGAGGAGCUUACACCCGUGUUCAAAACUGUGAUUAGAGCCAUUAGGUUUAUGAAGUUCCAUGUUGCAAAGAGAAAGUUCAAAGAGACUCUGCGACCGUACGAUGUGAAAGAUGUGAUUGAGCAAUAUUCGUCUGGACAUUUGGACAUGCUCGGUAGGAUCAAAAGUCUGCAGUCACGCGUGGAUCAUAUUCUUGGGAAAGGACAGUUCACAACAGAAAAGCGUUCUCGCGAGAAAGGACCAUCGGACAAUGACAUUGCUGCUGAUCUUAGUAUGAUGGGACGUGUGGUAAAAGUGGAGAAACAGGUACAGUCCAUUGAGUCAAAGCUUGAUGCGCUCUUGGACGUCUACAGACAGUGUCUGCGGAAAGGGUCAGUCUCGGCGCUGACUCUUGCAUCCCUGCAGAUGCCUUCGCUGGAGCUCGAUCAAACUUCUGAUUAUCAAAGUCCAGUGGAAGGGCUCAGCUCAGCCCGACUUAGCAACUGUACAUCAAGAUCUACCAGUGCCCGGGGACUGCAGCUCAUCCUCACACCAGAUGAUCCAAGUGGCCCCUCUUAUGGACACGUCAGCCUGACCACCCAGCCGCAGGCUGUUCCCAGUACCAAGGGUGACAGACCCACAAUGGCAGUGCCUAAUCCAGUGGUCCCACCUUCUAAGGAGACAGUGACAUCUCAACAGUUGCCAUCCUUCCAGACCACCAGCGGGCCGCUUCCUCUCCAGAUCAUUCCCGUCACUUCACAGGGGUUUGAUUCCAAUAUCACCACAUGCCUUGUCUCUGGCCAAAGGGCAGACCUUAGUUUCACUCAGGACACCCCAUGGCGGCGGAGUCAGAGUGCAGAGAACGAAUCCCUGGUCAAUGUUUGCCCAGCGACGGACAAACCUUUAGAACACUCCCUGUCUGUGCAAAAUCUGAUCCAGCCCACUCACGAACUGAGGGUGCCAUUCACAGACAGGAACCACAGGAGCGCCAGAGCAUGUCAAGAGCACUAUCCCAAAUGGACAGCAUCGCGAUUCUUGGUUGGAGGUGAGGAGGUCAGCCCAGAAAUAUUUGAAAGCGCAAAUCCAAUGAGGCCUGGCGUGCCCAGAACGUCACGAGUCAUUGAACAAGCAGAGGACCCAGUAAGGUCCUUGAGCAUGUCUCCAAUUCAUCUAAAGUGAGAACAAAAGAAACCUCCCUUCCACAAGUCUCCAAUAUGCAUUGUCUCUUGGACUGUCUUUGCCUUUGAGACAAAUCAUGAAACUUUCUAGUGUAACAUAGCGAACAAAUGAAAGAGGCACUUAUGGGUCUAGUUGCAUGAAUAAAUGCAUGCCAAAUUGAAAAUGAGAUUGUUUUAAAGUAUUGUGGGAGCAGCUUGUUUCUUUGAUAAAUCAGGAAUUAUUUUUGUAACAAAUGUGCAUAGAGGUAAUUUGAUGAUGUUCCAGUGAAUAGUUCAGGGAUCUGGACUGAUUAAGACUACUUUUAUUUACAGUACAGUUGUGUCUUCAAACUUCUGUGGUGUUUAUGAUACCCUGUCAUCCCAUCCAGGUAAAAACCCCUGUUUAUAUCAGAAGGGUUUCUCUGCUUCAUUUGAGGUACAAAAGAUAGACACAUUCUUUAUGAAAAAUGUUUAUAAAAUAUUCAACAUUACUUUGAAAGAUAAUUGCUGAAUAUUCUGUUGAACUUCUUAUUUUAAGGUUCAGGUUGUUUGAAGGACCUUUCUGUGCAGAGAGAAGUGUCAGAACAGCCAAGGAGGCAGAUGGUGAUGGAGCACCACUGAUAGUGUGAUGUUCAACUCUGAAUGCACUGUAUGAUGAUCUAAAUAAUGUGGCUUCCUUUGAAGCAGACCCUGCCUUGGACAACCUCUUUUCCAAUAGAAUAAGAUAUUAAUGCCUCACUAAAAAAAAACAAAGACUUAUUGUAGAAUGCUUUGUAUAUCAUUUUCUUAAUGUAUGUAUAAGAGAUGCUGAUAUUUGUACUGAUUAGAUAUAUAAUAUCAAGUUUGAACAGCAGCCUGGCUGGUAGAUCCAGAUGCUGCUCUGAAGCACAAUUUGCUGAGCAAUUGAUCAUAUUGUAGAAAACUAGAAUCGUACAGUGCAGAAAGAGGCCAUUCGGCCCAUUGUGCCUUUUCUGUCUGUUUGAAAGAGCCAUCCAUACAAUCCUACGCCUCCUUCCCUGAGUGAAAUUUGUUUUUUCAGUUAUUUAUCUUAAUUCCUCACACAAAAUAUAAUUGAAUUUACUUCUUCCCUCUUUACAGUCAGUGCAUCUCUAACAACUUAGUGUGCUCAUUGUUUACUUUAGACCAUAAAACCAUAAGACAGAAUCAAAACCAAAAUUAAUAUCACUGAAGUAUGCCAUGAGAUUGUUUUGCAGCAGCAGUGUAGUGCAAUACAUUUAAAUACAACAAGUUACAGGAAGAAAUUAUAAAUAACCCAAUUCUCCUGCCUUCUCCAUAAUCUGUUGCACUUACUAAUCAGCCUAUUAACCUCUACUUUAAAUGUACCAAAUGACUUGGCAUCCACAGGUAUCUGCAGCAAUGAAUUCCACAGAUUCACUACCCUCUGGCUGAUGAAAUUCCUCCUCACCUCUGUUCCAAGGAGAAGUCCUCGUAUUCUGAGGCUGUGCCUUCAUGUCCUAGACUGUCCCACUCAAGAAAGCAUCCUCUCCACAUCCACUCUAUCUAGGCUUUUCCCCCUUCAUUCCUCUAAACUCCAGUUAGUACAGGGCCAGAGCCAUCAAAAGCACCUUGUACUUUAACCCUUUAAUUCCCAGAUCAUUCUCGUGAAUCUCCUCUGGACCCUCUCCAAUACCGGCACACCCUUUCUUAGAUAAGGGGCCCAAAACUGCUCACAAUACUCCAAGUGCGGUCUGAUCAAUGCCUUAUAAAAGCUCCACAUUACAUCCUUGCUUUUAUAUUCUAGUCCUCUCAAAAUGAAUGCUAACAUUGCAUUUGCCUUCCUCACCACUGACGCAACCUGAACGUUUUGCCAACUAUCUUUAAGUUUUACCUUUGGCCAGUAUAACCUUCAGGAUUUUGAACAGUUUUGUUCAGUCCAUCCUCAGGCUUAUCCAUGGUGAGAUGAAACUGACCAGAAAUCUGUUAAACAGACUUUAGAUAAUCAACCCUAUUCUCUUACACUUUCCUCCAUAAGCUUUGAUCAGGAAACUAUCCCCAUUACUUACCCAGGUCCCAUAUAGCACAUCCAACAGUACAAUACAGAGGCAAUCCCUUCAGCCCACAAACUAAUUAAAUUAGCGAUUAAAUGCCUAACUAAACUAAUCACUUGUGACUUUACAGCAUAUUCCACCAAUCUCUACGCAUUUACGUGCCUGUCUGAGAGCCCCCUAAACACCUCUAUAUGCCUCCACCAGAACCCAAGCCAGCACAUUCUAGGCACCCACCAUUCUCCACGUAAUAAAACUUUCCCCUCAAAUCUCCUUUGAACUUAUACCCUCUCACCUUAAACAUGUGCCCUCUAUUAGACAUUUGGACACUGGGAAAAAGGUACCAGCUCUCGCUUCUCUAUCUAUACCUUUAAUAAUCGUAUAAAUUUCUAUCAUAUCUGGUGCCGUUCUAAUAUAUCUGCUGGGAUCUUUUUCCAGGGUUUGACAUCCUCUCUGUAGUGUAGUAUCCAGAAAUAAUCACAGAGAGCUAACAGGGACCUAAACAUUGAUUUACAUAGACCGAUGGACUGAUCUGUACACUGCUGAGGACAGACAACAGCAAUCGGACACCUCCUCUUACUUAGCCCUGAAUCAGGACCCCAAUGCGAAACAUUAGACCACUGUCUCCUGCACUAUCGCGACCCAUUUAUAGAGACCCCCAUCACCUCAGAAUUCUCCCUUCUACAGCCUCUAACUUCAUUGUUCCCCAACACUCCCUCCCCCCACUGCCCAUUUCUACCUCCAACCCUAAUCCUGAUGAAGAGUCUUCAUCCAAACUAUUGACUGUCCAUUUCCCUCCAUAGAUGCUGCCUGACCCACUGAAUUCUUGUGUGUUGGUGGUUUAUGAAGGUUUUGCUUAGUGCUCCUCCUGUACUUGUAUCCACUUGUAUGAAAGCACAGAAUUUCAUACUUAUUUUAAGCUGUUUUUCUAACUUAGUCGUGCCGCUUUCAAACUCGUGUUGUAAACUUCCAGGCUUGCACAGGAACAGCCCUUCGGCCCAACUAGUCCAUGCCAAACUGUUAUUCUGCCUGGUCCCAUCAACUCAAACUGGUCCAUAGCCGUUCACUCCCUCCCAUCCAAACUUCUCCUUAACGUUGAAAUUAAUCCCGCAUUUACCACUUCUGCUGACAGCUCAUUCCACACACACACCACCCUCCGAGUGAAGUUCCCCCUCAAUAUCUCACCUUUCACCCUUUAACUACAACCUGCAGUUCUCAUCUUACCUAACCUCAGCAUGUCUAUAUACCUCAUAAAUUUGUAUACCUCUUUCAAAUCUCCCCUCAUUCUCCUACACUCCAGGGAAUAAAGUCCCAAGCUAUUCAGUCUUUCCCUAUAACUCAUGCUCUCAAGUCCUGUCAACAUCCCUGAAAAUUUUCUUUGUAUUCUUUCAGUCUUGUUGAUAUCUUUACUGUAGGUAAGCGACUGGAACUGCACACAAUACUCCAAAUUUGGCUACACUAAUAUCUUAUACAACUUUAACAUAACAUCCCAACUUCUGUGCUCAGUACUCUGAUCUAUGGAGGCCUAUGUGUCAAAAACUCUCUUUAACGCCUUAUCCACCUAAGACACCUUUUUUGAAUGAAUUAUGGAUCUGUAUUUCAAAGGUUUCAAAGGUACAUUUAAUGUCAGAGAAAUGUACACAAUAUACAUCCUGAAAUGCAUUUUCUUCCCAACCAUGCACGAAAAACAGAGGAGUGCCCCAAAGAAUGAACGACAGUUAAAUGUUAGAACCCCAAAGUCCCCCCCCAGCUCCCCUCCUUCCCGUGCAUAAGCGGCAGCAAGCAACGAUCCUCCCCUCCCCCCACCAGCAAAAAAAGAAAAAAAAGCAUCAGCACCCACCACUGAGCACUCAAGCGUGAGCAAAGUAACUGCCAGGACACGGACUACUUGUUCACUCGGCAUCCAACAUACCAUGGGCUCUCUCUCUCUCCCUAAUAAAGGAGAGAGAGAUGUCUCCGUUUCACAGCGAGAGGGGAGACAUAACAAACAACUCAUUGGUUUACGAUGUUAAAAGUCCAUUGCGUCACUUUUUCCGAGCUCUGUGCCCAAAGAUCUCGGGUCUCUGGGCACACAGCCUUAGAUCUUCCAUCUCCCACAACACUCUAGUCUUCUGCUUGGACACCGACCUCCGAUCCCCCCAUCUCCAGAGCCACGAAAACUCGGUCCUCCGAAGGUGAGCUAAGCCCUUAGGCCGAACCCUUGGCAUGCCAAACAACGGCCAGUUGUGAAACCCCAAGAGCGGGUCCCAUUCCCACAAAGAACCAUAGUCAGCGUAUAACUCCAGAUCAGGGUCUUCAAAAGAACCCUGAAAGGGAAAAAUAGAGAUUUUCAGACACUUUGCAGACACUGCCACUUCUAU